AUGUACCUUGCGAAUUGUACCAAACCUGAUAUAGCAUUUGCAGUCAACUUACUAGCACAGUAUAGUUUUGCACCAACUCGAAGACAUUGGAAUGUGGUUAAACAUAUUAUGCGUUACAUUUGGGGAACGACUGAUAUGGGGUUAUUUUAUUCAAGAAAAUCAAAGCUCCAGUUGAUCGGAUAUGCAAAUGCAAGUUAUCUUUCUGACCCACAUACAGUCCGAUCACAAACAGGGUACUUGUUUACUUCUGGUAAUACUGCUAUAUCAUGGCGAUCUAUAAAACAGACCAUGACUACAACUUCCUUAAAUCACUCUGAGAUACUCGCAAUUCAUGAAGCAGGUAGAGAGUGUAUUUGGUUGAGAUCUGUUAUACAACAUAUUCGAGAAUCAUGUGGACUUUCCUCAAUCAAAGAUAGUCCAACAAUAUUAUAUGAAGAUAAUACAAUAUGUAAUACACAGGUAAGAAGAGGAUACAUAAAAAGUGACAGAACCAAGCACAUUUCACCAAAAUUCUUUUCCACACACGAGCUUCAGAAGAGUGUUGAUAUUGAUGUUCAGCAGAUACGCUCGAGUGAUAAUCUAGCAGAUUUAUUCACUAAAGCGCUUCCAACUACAACAUUCAAGAAAUUAGUGGACAACAUUGGAAUGCGUCAACUAAAGGAUCUUCAGGGUUGA